AUGGCUCUUCUCUACGUGGAUGAUAUGAUUAUUGCGGGUAAUGAUGAUACUGAAAUCACUCGUCUUAAAGAGGCUUUGUCUGUUUGUUUUGAUAUGAAAAAUUUGGGAGAAGUAAAUUGUUUUCUUGGCCUAGAAGUGACAAGGUCAGAUGCAUUUUUUGUCUCGCAGCAAGGAUAUGCUUCAAAUUUAUUGGAUCGUUUUCGUAUGCGGGAUUCAAAGCCAAUGACUACUCCUAUGGAGUCAUACUUGAAGUUAGCUAAAGAUGAAGGAAAGUUUCUAGAAGAUGCAACACUUUUUCGUCAACUUGUUGGUAGUUUAUUCUACUUAUCUAUCACAAGGCUUGACAUUUCUUUCUCCGUCGGAGUUAUAUCUCAGUUUAUGGGAGAGCUGCGAGAGCCUCAUCUGAUUGCAGCAAAGCGAAUUCUUCGCGAAAUCAAGAAUACUCUGAAUUUUGGAUUGCAUUAUAAACAAGGAACUACAUUCUUAUUGAGUGGUUUUGUAGAUGCAGAUUGGACUGGUGAUAUAAAUGAUAGUCGCUCAACAACAGGGUAUUGUUUCGCUACGGGAUCAACAACAAUCUCGUGGUGCAGCAAAAAGCAAAACACGGUUGCCCUAUCAAGUUGUGAGGCUGAAUAUGUGGCAGCAUCUAUGGCUGUUCAAGAGUAUGUCUGGCUCAAGAGGCUUGUCCAAGAAAUUUUCUAUGACUUGAAGAAUCCGGUUCUGAUUCGCUGUGAUAACGAAAGUGCUAUUAAGCUUGCUAAAAAUCCAGUGUUCCAUGCUCGAACAAAACACAUUGAAGUACAUCAUCAUUUUGUUCGCGAAAAGGUUUUGAAUCAAGAGAUCGGUUUGCAGAAGAUAAGAAGUGAAGAUCAAGUUGCUGACAUUUUUACGAAGGCACUUGGCCGAGCUAAACUUGAAGAAUUCCGAGCUGCUCUUGACGUUGUUGAUAGUAAGUUUCCACUAAGGGGGAGUAUUGAAAAUAGUGAAACUUACGAGUGA